AUGGGAGCUUCAAAUAACUUUGUCCAGAAUGAUCUGCAAAUGCUAGGCCAUCGUGAUUACGAUAUUAGCCACUUUUGGGGAGCAACUGUUGUGGUUGAUCAACUAGACUCCACUGCCCUUCAGUUCAUAGCUACAAGCAAGCUAAAAUCCCAACACACUAGCAUGCAAAUCUCCAGCCAAGACACAAAAAAAAACCAGCUAUCACCUCAGCAAAAAGUUGCGCUCAACAUCAUUCUACAACAUCAUAAUAAUCAAUCUGCAACAACACCUUUACGAACGAUUGUUCAAGGCACUGCUGGCACUGGUAAAUCAUUUUUAAUAGAUUGUAUUAGAAAAGAAUUAAACAUAUCUCCACCUAUGACGGCAAACCCAUUGCUUGUUUUAGCACCAACAGGAGUUGCUGCAUUUAAUAUACAAGCGACAACAAUCCAUGCAGGGUUGCGCAUACCUAUAAGAGAAAUGCAUCCUUUGACAGGGCAAUCAUUAAUGACAUUGCAAGAGCAAUUGAAACAUAUCAAAUAUAUUUUGAUAGACGAAAUGAGCUUUUUGGGCCCGAAACUACUACUUAAGAUAGAUAACCGUUUACGCCAAGCAUUCCCUAACAAACAACAUGACAACUUUGGUGGCGUGUCCAUGAUUCUUGUUGGUGAUCUUGCUCAGCUUCCCCCUGUUAUGGAUAAACCUAUAUAUGCUUCGCACUCUACAGCCCUCAGUUUAUGGCAUUCUUUUACUAUUGUCAUAACAUUGGACACUAUUUUCCACCAACAAGGUGCAUCUAUAAGACAACAACAAUUCAGAGCACUUCUUCACAACUUAAGAAACGCUCAAGCACUCCAACAUGAUUGGCAGUUUCUAAUGUGCCAGACAAAUGCAACAUUAACUAUUCAACAAAAGAAAGAUUUCGACUCUUCAAUCCACCUGUUUGCAACAAAUGAAUCUGCACGCUUGCAUAACAGGAAAAUGCUCAAAGAAUUAAAUUUGCCUAUCGCUCUAAGUUUAGCUAAAAUUGCUAAGCAAACAAAUACUGAAUAUGACACCAAUGAACAGCUACCAUUGGAAGUAUUACUUUCUAUUGAUCAGCAAGUGAUGUUAAUAGCUAACUUGUGGAUCAAAGUUGGCCUUGUUAAUGGUGCUAUUGGUCUUAUAAAACAAAUUGUAUAUGAAAACAAUACAAAACCACCAGACUUGCCAAAAUAUGUGGUUGUCCAAUUCAAUGAUUAUAAUGGACCUCCAUGGGAUAUAGCACAUCCAAAAGACAUACCCAUUUUGCCAAUAACGCGAGGUAGGCGUACGCAAGUACCUUUAACAAUGUCUUGGGCCAUCACUAUUCACAAAUCCCAAGGUAUUACAUUAGAUACAGCUACCAUUGACAUAGGUAAUACUGAAAAGCAAGGCCUCACAUUCACAGCUAUUUCCAGAGUGAAGACAAUUGAUGGAAUACGGAUCGAACCACCAUUCUCUUUUGAAAGGUUUUCCAAACUACAAAAUAAUCCUUAUACAACCAUUAGAAAGAAAGAAGAAACUCGUUUGCAGCUACUCUCUGCGCAAACAGAUAUCUAUUCACCUUAAAAAAAUUUGCUCCAAAACCAUCUUUCUUACAUUCCUCUACUUUCAACAAGGUAAUUACAAUUUUACAUUGUCAUACCUCUUCACAACAUGCACUUUCUUAAUCGUCCCUCAUACUAACUCUUUUUCCCUCGCUGUUCAUUUUAGAUUCCAUUCAUUCUAAGACAUCCUCCAUGCUGCAUUGAACACCACACACAAGUCUUCCUAUCUAUACACUCUUCAAUGAUUGUCUACAGAUAUAUCAGGUAUAAUACAGCUGCAAUGCAUUGCGCAUUCACAUCGCUCACUGCUCCAACAUAUACAGCUAUCUCAGGUAUGAUAUGUCACUUUUAUUGCUUAGAAUGUACUUUGUUAACAAACUUUUAUACUAAUCAAUGUCAAUUAUACAAAGUUAUACACAAUAAAAACAAUGCUAUGCUUAGUAUGUUCUUUUUGACUGCAAAACAUCUGUUCCUCACCCCAUAAUUAAAUUUCUAAGUAUUUUAACACUAAAAUGAGUAUAUUUCUAAUCAGUUUAAAACUUUAUACAACUCGAACAUUUGUAACAGCUUUUAUCAAUCUCAUUGUUAGAGGAAUUGUGUAUUAUACCUCUGAUAAGUUUUGUUACAAAACUGUCUCUUCAAUUCAAAAGUUACUACUACAACAUAAACAACUCUCCCAGUACAUUGCCUCUCCAGUGCAAACCUUCUCAAUCAACCAUUCAGUCUAGUUUUCCUACUGCAAAUUGAAGGAAGGAUGCAAGGCCUGCAACACACCAGGCAACUUGAGCCAAUCUCAAAGCCUCCAAUUUCCAUAUACCAGUUUUCACGAUUAGGCCAUAGCA